AUGUAUUCUCAACUGCGCCUGAUUAUCUCAAUCACUGGGUUGCAACUCCCUCAUUGGAACACUAUCAGGAACACUAGUGCAACCAUUUGCGGGCUAUUAGGUUUUGAUGUGAUGGAACAUCAGAGUAUUUGGGACAAAAAAUGCUAUUCUGUGAGUAUCCCACAGAUCCUUGAACAUGAGAUUGCCAACCCAUAUGUUCACCCACAUUUGGAUUUCUACCCAGAGGAGAAAAAUGGUCAGAAUAUUUAUAAGUUGUCACGAAGCAAGAAAUGGCGGGAGGAAUUAGGACCAAGUGAACGAGUACAAAUGGCUGUCAGCAAUAACAAGCAUUUUUAA